AUGAAAGUGCUGGUUUCUGUGAAGGGAAUAGUUUGCAGGUAUUUCGCGGACGCGGACACUGUCGAUCCACGUUUCUUGACGUGUCAACGUCACAGUAACCCAGACGCUGCACCACGCCUUAAGCAUGCUUGCAUGAAGUUUCACAAACAAGAAGAGGAACGCUUACGUAUUAUGCACAGACGUUUGUUGACGCAACGUGAAGAAAAGAAAAGGCAGCGUGGAUUAGCCAGACACAAGAAAAUACUGAAAAGUCUCGAAGGUGUUUCGAUAUCGUGGCCAGAGAAUGAUAUUAAACGUCCGAAGUUGCUGAAUACGAGUCCGAUGUUUUUGGAUUUGUUCCGCGAUAAGGCCAUUUGCGCUGGUUUCACUCACGAGCAAUUCGAGCGUAAUUUCAAACGUAUCGAUGGUGCCGAUCUCUCCUAUCUUCCGCCAGGAUUUUCACACGAAUUCCUCAGCUAUUUCGAAGCUCGGGAAAAGAUACUACCCACUGAGAGAAUGCGACUGAAGGAGCUGGAAACGGAAGCAAUGAAUUUACGUAAACAACAAGCUGAACUCGAGAAGGAACUUUGUGAGUUGGAAAAAUCGAUAUCAGCAUCGAAUAGCAACACGUCGCCACAACCUCGUGUACAGAGUCCGGUUCGAGAACAACGUGUGCUGCUCAGUUGGUACAGUACAAUGGUGGCGUUAGGAGUGAAGAAGAUUCGGAAGCCAUUUACAGGCCUCUCACAUGAACUGUGCUCACCAUCGAAACAACAUCGCGCCUCCAAGACACCAUCGAGUAAACCGUCGACAUCGACUGUGUCGCCAUCCACAUGUGCUCGUUCGAAGUCAGUAUCAAACAAAAGAAAUGGACGUAUUAGUAGUGGUACCAGUGCCAGUAACGCUACGAAAUCAAAUGAUAUCUCACCCAUAAGUAAAUCUCAGCCAAAUACCCCGAUUCUGCACUCCUUACACGCAUCUCCACCUGUUUGCAGCAUAUGUCAUAAGGUGAAUGUUUCACCUAAUAACAUGAGAUUUGUAUUCUUACCAACAAUAUUAAUCAGGAACAUUGGUUUGCAAUUGCAUUAUUCUUGCGCAUACUUGAUUCACAUCAAUCAGGUGAUCGCCUUGUCGCUGUUUUUUGAGCGAUAUCUAUCUACCUCAUGA